AUGAAUCAGUCAAAUGUUAGCCUUCUUGACCUACCAAAUGAAAUAUUAAUUACUAUUUUAAAGAAACUUGAUAAUAUGGAUGUUCUCUAUUCAAUAAUGAAUAUUGGUAAUCAGCGACUUGACAAUUUAGUACUAGAAAAAACUUUCACUAAGACUCUUAAUUUUGUAUUAACAACGUUAAAUGAUGAUAUUGUCUCUAUCGAUGACUCAAUAUUUAAUCAAUUAUGUAUUAAUAUAUUGCCAAGAAUUGAUUAUAAUGUUAAAUCUCUCAUUCUUGAAUCGGUAUCUAUGGAACGUAUUCUUCUUGCUGCUGAUUACCCUAAUUUAACUGAACUUAAAAUUUUCAACUUCAACGAACCAAUCUUUGCAUAUUAUUUUGCAGUCGAAUCACCAAUUCAACGUUUUUUUCAACAAAUUACAGAUCUUAUUAUUGUAUACAAAGAUGAUAAAAACACUCUAUUAAUGAAACAAUAUCCAAAAGGUGUGCAUGGAUGUAUUUUAAAAUUCUUCGAAAAUCUGAAACAUUUGUCUAUUACUGGAUUAAAUUCAAUUUUAUCACUUCGUAAUUUACCUUUGACAACCUGUUCGUCUUCAAUUCUUUACAAAUUAUGUAUUAAUUUAAAUACUUUUGAAGAUUGUCUUGCUUUACUUGAUGGUCGUCUCAAACAAUUGACUACGGUUAUUAUUAAUAUUAAUAGUACAGAUUAUCAUUCACCAAAUGUUUAUAAUAUGGAUGAUUUACUUAAUAUGAAAUGUUUCUCGUUAAAGUGUCGUUGUCGUAAGAAUGAAUAUGAUACUAAAAUCUUACCUCUUCUUCGUCGUAUGCCAAAUCUUGAAGAAUUAACUUUGAAUAUUAUUAACUCAAAACGGAUUACAUUCGUCGAUGGUACUCAAAUUAAUAAUGAAAUUCUUAUUCAUAUGCCGCGUCUUUAUAAAUUUAUUUUUAAUAUUAAUACCCGAACUAAACCAAAUGAUUUAGUUCAUUAUUUAUCGAACGAUGAUAUUCAACGAACUUUUACUAAUAUUGGAUAUGAACAAGUGUGUUGUAUUGUAAACUACGUAAAUAUUGGUAUUGGCAUAUGUCAUGUUUUUUCAUUACCGUUCAUGUUUGAUUAUCUCGAAUAUAUUGGCAACAAAUUUCCACCUAUUGAUUUUAGUCAUGUUGUAAGCUUGGGAGUGUAUGAUUCAGUUCCAUUCGAACAUGAAUUUUUCAUCCGAAUUGGUCGCUUUUUCCCUUUUCUUAAAGAAUUACGUGUCAUUAAUUUUGAAUCACAAUCACACAUAUCAAGCGAACUGAAUUUUCACGAUAAUCAACUGCAUUCAAUUGUUGAAUAUUCUCAUCUUAUUUCACUCAUUCUCAUGACUGUUCAUAUUGAUUAUGUCGAGCAAUUUCUCAAUGAUAGAAAAACACAUCUACCUCGUCUAACCACAUUAACAGUCGAUUAUGAUCAAUUAACAAUUGUAACAGAAAAUUUUACAAGAGAUAUAACACGGCUCAAUUGUACCAAAAUUAAAGAAUUAACUAUUGAAGAAUCACGAGAACAUUCAAAAGAUUUUUAUGUUUAUUUUCCUUUGUUGGAAAGUUGUUUGUGUUCUGAUUCUGAUUGA